AUGGAGACGCCUAACCCAUAUCGCGCUUCGGGCCGGCCCCGAAAGGGGUUGCAGAUAUGUUUCCAGUGCCGGAACCGCAAGGUAACCAGAAUACCAGCUUCGGAUCUCCGGCCUCAGCCACCCACCGCAGAGGGUCGCAGCUCAGAAAACAGCAUGGAUGACAGAACUUCGUCAUUCAAUCGAGAUUCCUCCAAUGCGCACUCUCCGCCCUCGUCACUCGGGUUUGAGUUGAACUCGAACAAGACAAUUAUCAAGCAACAUAUUGAUGCUUUCUUCGACUUUGUCUAUCCAAUACCCUGUUACGGCUUCAUCCAUAAAGCCACUUUCUGUCAAAGCUGGGCACAGGACACAUACAACCCGCGUCUCCUGAAGGCGAUGUGUGGUCUCACAGCCCGCUAUAUAGCAGCAGGAGAUAGCGGUCGUCUGCAACAGGCGACAAGAUGGAUCCAAGAGUCAGAGAUGCAACUCCUUAUGCGGCUCAGUGAGCCUUCCAUGUCGGAUAUCGAGGCACUCAUGCUCACUACCCUCGACCACAUUAUUGCUCGGCGAUUCAGUAAAAUGCUGGUAUCUGCGUGCCUCGCGGCAAGACUGGCCUUCAUGGUGCGACUGAACUACGAGGAUGGCCGCUUGAGCUUCCUCACUCAGGAGCGUCGGAGGCGUCUUAUGUGGGCAAUCUACACCAUGGAGACACUCUACUCCAGCGGACGGACAGAAUUUACCGGUUGUCCGAAGGAAACAAUACAUUUACAACUUCCCUGCCACGAGCGGUCUUUCACGUUAGAUAUCCCUGUAUCGACGGAGCCCUUGAAGCCGCCUAAAGCCCAUUGUUCUUUGGAGCUAGGUUUGAUGGCAUACAAUAUUCGAGUUCUCGAUAUCCGAGAUCGGAUACAAAGGUUAUCCCACACAAUUACACAUCAUCGGAAACCCCUGGGUGAAUGCGUUUCGCUUCUCAAAGGACUUGUCGACGAGCUAGAUGCUCUGCGUCGAUCACUCCCUUCGCAGUUUGCAUUCGACAAGAAGAACCUCUUCCUCCGAGCUUACACACCUCAACGGACCCCCUUUGUCAUGUUUCAUACCUGGUGGCACCAGUGCCAGUGCGACAUGUACAGGUUUACAAUACCGGGCUUUAGGGAAGGCCUACGCGAGGAAGAGUUGAGAACCCUACCUCAGGACUUGGUCUCUUUUUGCAGAGACAAGUGUCUCCAGCACGCUCUCGGCGUUGCAAACAUCAUGGCUACGGUGAAUGAGAUGGGGAAGGACAUAUUCAUCACGGACCCAGCCUUGGUGAUGUGCACUUUUCAUUCCGCUCGUGUCAUUUCGCGCCUUGGUUCAAGCCAAUUUGCCAACUUGCCCAAGGACGUUUUGAUAGCCAAGCUAAAAGCGUGCUCGGAUGUUCUUGAGACGCCAGCUGAGAUUUAUCCCACAACUAAGCUUCUGCGAAGUGGUAUCGCAGAUCUCAUACACGAUGCGGAGCGCGAUUCUGGGGACUCAAGUCCGCUCAGGUCGAAUUGGGAGGCUGAGCAGCCAGGAUCCGACAACGAGGCGAACGGGGCUCAGCAACCUGGUAUCCGAAGAGAUACGCUAGGCUCGGUGCCAGAAGUCUAUUCCAAGUAUAGCGUGACGGAUGAAAUUCGGAAACUCAAGUUCAAACAAGACAAUGAAGAGGAUAGGGAAGAGUAUCCGACAAAUGAGCAAGAAACAGGGGGUGGUGUAGAUGCUGUGGCAUCUCAGCAGUUCAUGGUGCCUCACAUGCCAAAGGAGCAUGGCCCUCACCCAUACAUUCCAAUGCCUCAAGAUAUGACAGCAAACGGCUUUGGAUUUUCAGAAGCGGGCUUCGGUCCAAGUGCGGCGCCAUACAAUGUUUCAAUGACUCUGGGGUUUGAGCCGAGUUACGGAGAAUGCCAGCCUGACCUGUUCCUGGAUACGUUCAUGCCGCUCCAAAACGAUUGGAAUACGGCUGAUCCUGGGUGCUUUUGA